UUGGCCCAUCGUCCUAGAAAGAUUUUGUUGUUCGUCAAUCCGUUUGGAGGGAAGAAGAAGGGGUUGAAGAUUUGGGAGAAGGACGUGCAGCCUCUAAUGACCAUCGCUGGCAUCGAUACGAAGAUGCUGGUUACCGAGAGAGUUGGUCACGCUCGUGACACCCUGUUAAGCGUCGAUCUGAGCGACUUUCACGCGGUAGUGUGCAUCGGUGGAGACGGUACUCUCGCGGAAAUGAUCAACGGCCUAGUACUGAGAACCUCGAGGGAUCGGCAAAUCGACCCGAACAAUCCGGAGGCGGAUCUACCGACUCCGAGACUUCCGAUCGGAGUGAUACCCAGCGGAAGCACCGACACGGUGGCGUAUAGCCUUCACGGUACCACCGACGUGCAAACCGCGGCGAUACAUAUCAUCUUUGGCGACAGAACCGGCCUCGACAUCUCCUCCGUGCACAGCGAUUGCAGGUUGCUCAGGCUGUACGCCAGCAUGCUCAGUUACGGCUACCUGGGCGACGUGAUACGGGACAGUGAAAAGUUCCGCUGGAUGGGACCCCAGAGAUACGAUUACUCUGGUUUCAAGAAGAUCGUCGCGAACAAAGGAUACGAGGGAGAGAUUCACCUUCUGUCGGACCCUUGCCAUCCAGCGACUAGCACAAGGUGUAUAAAAAAUUGCACCAGAUGUCUUCAGCACAUGCACAACAGUAUUCCAGACAAGGAAAUAUCCAGAUGGUUGACCGUCAGAGGGAAAUUUUUCAUGGUGAAUGGGGCGAAUCUCUCGUGUGGCUGUUCCAGGAGUCCCAUGGGCUUCAGUCCCCAUUGUCACGUCGGUGACGGUUGCGUGGAUGUGAUCCUAGUACGACAUACCUCGUUCUUCAACAACAUUAGAAUGUUGUUGAGAUUGUCCAGCAAACAAAAGACUCUGUACGAUCUGCCGUUCGUCGAGGUGUACAGAGCGAGGGAGUUUACGUUUCGUGCUCUGCCCACUCUGCAUAUGCAGUCCAGUAACGAAAUCAGCAAUCGCUGUCUAAAGUCGAGCCUCAGCGUGUGGAACUGCGACGGCGAGGUGAUCGACAGCUCCAACGUGAAAAUCAGGUAAACGAUCUGCUUAAUCAGUUAUUAUAACUCCAGUUAAUUAUUACUUCUUUUACAGUUACAUCAUUACAUUUUAUUAAUUUUAUUGUAUAUUUUAUGUUAUUAGUUAGUUAUAAUUUCUUCAGUUAGUUAUUAUUUCUUUAGUUUCAGAGUUUUAUUUCACUUUGAGUUAUUUCCUUAGUUAGUUAUUAUAGAUAGUGCAUGCUCACUUCCUGUUUCAUGACUUUGUACAUAACUUUUUAUUGUCUCUUUGUUGUAUUAUAUUAUUUGUAUUACAAUUGCUGUAUUAUAUGUAUUAUGGGCUGUUGUCAUGAUAUUUAUAUUAUAUGUAUUAUGUAUUAUGCAUUACUGUUAUAUUUAUGACAUCUCGUCAACUUUUUGUAUACUUAAAGAUUCAAACGCUUGUCGACAGGGUACACUGCCAACUAGUGAACGUAUUCACGAGACGAGCCCAGGAACCAGUCCA